AUGUUGGUACAUAAAGGUAUGAUUUUGAAAAAUGAUGGAGACCACCCUACUACACCCANGCUUUAUCAGAACUUGGUGAAAAAUGUUUGGAUUCCACUGAAGCCCUACUACACCCAGGUUUACCAGGAGAUCUGGGUAGGAAUGGGUUUGAUGGGAUUCAUUGUUUACAAAAUCAGAAGUGCUGAUAAAAGAGCCAAAGCCUUGAAAGGUGCAGAUGCAGCUGCUCCUGCUCAUGGACAUCAUUAACUGGAUUUACUUUGGGAUCAUGUAUAAUAUGAAACAUCAGGCUAGCUAUGAGCAGGAAUUCACCAAUUUCCCUUGUUAACUUUUAGACAUUUGUUCAUAAUGAAAUAAAGUCAUAUGUGGAAGGCGA